CUUAAUUAUUUAUUUGUAGAUCACAAAAUAUUUGGCGGAUGCGUAUCCAUCCCCACCUGUAGGCUGUAGCAGCAGCGGGGAUAGCGUACGCAUUCCGAGCCGCAGAGGCGUGGGUGGGCCCCACACGCGGCCGUGCUUGUCGCGGCCGUUGCGGCAGGCGCGCCAUUAUCGCGGUAGCUGGUGACCGCGCGUCGCCACCUUCGACCCGCCGGUUUAUAUAGCUUCGAGACCCCUCCCCAUCCUCCUCACCUUAGCUGCUCCGGCCGUGUGAUCUUGAGCCUUGAUCUCGCCGCCUCUCCGCUGCUCUCCGUCCCCUCUAGGAAGAAGACUCGGCGGCAUGGCCGUGCAAGCUCAGUUCGGCGGCCUCGCCGGCUGCUUGCCGCCCUACGCGGCGGCGGCGGCGGAUUGCUUGGCCGACGAGCAGGUGCGCGCGCUCCUGGCAGCCGCCGCGGGCAACAAGGCGUGCCAGUACACCUGCGCGGCCGGCGUGGUCAGCGGCGCGCAGAGCGAGCUGACGUGCAACGGCGGCGGCGGCGGGGCGGCGCUGCCGUCGCGGAAGCGCGGCAGGGAGGAUGCGUUCGAUCAGUACGUGGCGUCCUCGUCGGCGGCACUGCUGCCGAUCCCGGGGAUGCAGAGGGCGUUCGUCAAGCAGCACUCGCCCUUGCCGGCGGCGGCGAUCGCGAGCCGGGUGGCGGAUUCCGCGACGGCGUCGACGAGCGGGCGGCCGGCCGCCGCGUCGGUGGCGGACGCGCUGGCGGCGGAGCUGGGCCAGCAGGGUGCGGAGGUGGACGCGCUGGUGCGCGCCGAGUGCGAGCGGCUGCGCGCCGGGCUGGAGCAGGCGCGGAAGCGCCAGUGCCAGGCGCUGGUGCGCGCCGCUGCGGCGGGCGCGGCGCGCGCGCUGCGGGCGAAGGAGGCCGAGCUGGAGGCCGCGCGCCGCCGCGCCGCGGAGCUCGAGGAGCGGCUCCGGCAGGCGGCCGCCGAGAGCCAGGCAUGGUGCGGCCUGGCGCGCAGCAACGAGGCCGUCGCCGCGGGGCUCCGCGCCGCGCUCGACACCCUGCUCCUCCGCGGCGCCGCCCCCGCGCGUCCCGCCGAGGAGGAGGGCUUCGGCGACUGCGGCCCCGGCCUCGCCGCCGCGGGGGCGGACGACGCGGAGUCCUGCUGCUUCGUCGAGGCUGAGGACGCCGGCGCGGGCGCGGACACGUCGUCCCCUGCGGCGGCGAGCAGGUGGGCGUGCAGGGGGUGCGGCGGUGCCGAGGCGUCGGUGCUUCUGCUGCCGUGCCGGCACCUGUGCCUGUGCAAGGCGUGCGAGCCGCGGGCGGACGCGUGCCCCGUCUGCCUGGCGCCCAAGAACGCGGCCAUCCACGUCGCCGCCAACUGACCGCGUGAUCCCGCCGCCGCCGUUGUCCACGGCGCGCGAGCGAGCCGGCUCCGGCGAUCUCGCUACCAGCUAACAACCUCCAGCCGAGUAAUUCAGGCAGCCUGUAGAUUAGGCCGAUUAGCUUAACCCCGUUCGUUCAGUUCUUUUGGUGUAUAUUGAAAGGUUGAAAUGAACAUCUAGACUCGAGUUCUGAUGUAAAAGAGAUCAUCAUCAUUUUAACUGGCUACUAUUACUGUUACAGUUGC